UUCUAACAAACAUUGUGACGGUCAGUUGUGUCCGUGGUGUAUGAGACCUGUCGCCCUGUCUUAAGUGCUCCAAUCAGUGCCAUACGAAAAGUCCUGAUCGGUAUAUUUGUGUUGUUUUAAUAAUCCAAAGACUAUGUCGAACACAGUGCAUUUCGCCGACGCUGACGCAAACUUGUGGCUUAACCAGCCACCUAUUAACGAACAGAAUAACUUUCCCGGCAGUUCGCACCCGACAGAACAACAGCAAAUAUACCCGGGUCCAAGUUACAAUCAAAGUUAUUCGGACCAGAAUUGUUCAGGCUCCACUAGCCUUUUGGAGAUGCUGUUACGCCAGGGGAAAGAGACAGUCGUCCAAAAUCGCGUUAAUCCUGGUAGAAACCGGGGAGCACCACUAGGCGGGCAGAAUAUGUCUAAUAUUCCCUGUCAGUCUGCUCCGUACACACCAUCGUCCUCGACUGGCAGAAUGUCUCCUAUUGUCGCUUUUCUACCGGAUGCCCAAGCACAAGUUCGACAGCAAGAAAUUCAAAAUGGAUACUUGCCGAACCACCAAGGUUAUCAUGUACAACAAUAUUCUAACAGUGUCGUAACCCCAUCUAUGAUGAUGGCAUCAAACUCGCGCACGAACUAUGCCGCGCAGCAUAGAUACGCUGCUUACGUAAAUGGUCAAGUUACUGAGAGGCGAAACCCUGCCGAAAUUAACGAGUUCGCGGACGAGCAGGCGCACCAGCAGGUGGAAUAUCCAUGGAUGAGAUCUUAUUUUAACAGCGAUGGAAACAACGUUGGGCAGAAGCGAACCCGACAAACAUACACUCGAUUUCAAACGCUGGAACUGGAAAAAGAAUUCCACUAUAACCGCUACCUCACUCGAAGACGUCGCAUCGAGAUAUCUAAGGCUCUCUCUUUAACUGAACGCCAGAUCAAGAUCUGGUUCCAAAAUCGGCGAAUGAAGGCGAAAAAGGAUGGUAAACUUGCUCAACCCGCAUUACAAGAGGCGAACAGGGUCGGCCCACCCGCUUACUCCGCAUCAGAAGGAAAUUCAGAAGGCAGCAGUUCGCCGAGUCACAAUGCUUCGCUCAUCGAUACGCUGCCGGUCGCAGCGUACCCAGGACCAAGCACCGCACCAAUGAUGCAGCCAGAACAAGUUGCGAUGCCCGCUCAUCUUGCUGCCAGGCAAGACAUGCUCCACGAGGCAUAUUUCGAAUAUCGUCAUCAGCAACAACUACUACUACUACAACAACAACAACAACAACAACAACAACAACAACGACUACAACAACAAGAACAACAACAUUAUCAUCAUCAUAGGCGGUACGACAACAAUGAUUAUUUUUAG